CCAUCCAUCCCUCUCCCCCUCUCAGCUCUCUCCUCCUGAGAGGAUUUUUUCCCCCCUUUUGCACUGUGCCGGCCUGUACAGGAGUGAAGGAGCGGAGAGAGGAGCUAGAAGAGAGGAUUUGCUGCUCCGAGGAGAGACAGACAGGGGAGAGGGACCAUGGCUGCUCUCUCAACCUCGCUGAAGACCUGGGUUAUCCUACAGACGCUGUGCCUGGCUCUGGCCCAAGUGAGGGGUCCGCCUGGACCUCAGGGCCAGCCAGGCCUCCCAGGCCCCUCUGGCACUCCCGGAUCCGAUGGCAUCGAUGGAGAGAAGGGAGCCCCUGGACCCCCUGGGCCACUUGGACAAAAGGGAGAGCCGGGAGAGCCGGGUCCAGACGGGCCGCCGGGGGAGAACGGCAUCGAUGGUUUGAUCGGAGCAAAGGGUGAUCGAGGUGCAAUCGGGAGCCCUGGCCCGAAGGGGCAACUAGGUCCAAGCGGUGAGCCAGGACCUCCAGGACCUGGCCUUCCCGGCCUGGCUGGAGCUCUGGGGCCAAUUGGUCUCCCUGGUGAAAUUGGACAAACUGGACCAAAGGGUAUACUGGGAUCGCCCGGACCUCCAGGACUCCCUGGACCUUCCGGGAAGCCAGGCCCUCCAGGCAAGUUCAUUGGUGGUGAGGAGGGCAGUGCAGACCUCCAGUGUCCUCUCAACUGCCCCGCUGGACUAAAAGGCCCCCAGGGACUCCAUGGUGUCAAGGGACACAAGGGGCGUGCAGGUGUUCUCGGAGACCCUGGCAGCAUUGGAAAACUGGGUGGCAAGGGAGAAGUCGGCAUCUCUGGGGAACAGGGUAUCCCAGGACCACCGGGUCCAAUGGGUCUGAGGGGUUAUCCAGGAAUGAUGGGUCCCAAAGGAGAAGCUGGCCCUCGUGGAUACAAGGGCAUCAGUGGGCCGGUGGGAAUCCCCGGGCCUCCCGGUGAGGAGGGACCUCGGGGACCACCUGGAGAGGCAGGAGACAAGGGAGACAAAGGCAAUCAAGGCAUCCGGGGCCCACAAGGUGGAGUCGGCAAAAAGGGAGAGAAUGGUCUGCCGGGUAUUGAUGGAAAAGAUGGCACACCUGGUACUCCAGGAAUUAAGGGUGGUCCUGGACAGGCAGGAAUGCCUGGUGCUUCUGGUCCACAGGGAACAGCGGGAUUACCAGGCUCUCCUGGGCCAAAGGGAGGAUCUGGACGUAAGGGGGAACCUGGUCCUAGGGGCCAUGCUGGCAUGUCUGGUGCUUCUGGACCUCAGGGUGAGCCUGGCAUUCCUGGUGAGCCUGGUAUGCAAGGAGUCCCUGGACCUAAGGGUGACAGGGGCCAGCGGGGGGCCACGGGGCCACAGGGUGUGGUCGGAAAAUCGGGAAACAAAGGAGAAAGAGGCCCCAUUGGUGUCCCAGGUGCACAGGGUCUUACUGGAACUAAGGGAGACCAGGGCUUUCAAGGCAAAGUUGGUCCAAAGGGAGACAUCGGCGACCCAGGCGUCGAGGGAUUGGCUGGCGAGAAAGGUGAAAAGGGUAUAUCUGGUGAACCUGGGCCCAAAGGACAGCAAGGAAUCCGGGGAGACACUGGACACAAUGGACCCACAGGAGACCCCGGUAAACCCGGGGACCUGGGGCCGCCCGGACUGUCUGGUCCAAGGGGACUUAACGGGGAGCGCGGAGUACCGGGCAUGCCGGGCAUCCAGGGAUCAACCGGACGCGAUGCAUCCGACCAGCAUAUCAUUGAAGUGGUACUCAAAAUGUUGCAAGAGAGGCUGGCAGCCGUAGCGGUGAGCGCCAACAGGGCCGUGCUCGGUGGGGCCGGAGUCAUGGGACCUCCGGGGCCCCCUGGUCCCCCAGGGUCAACUGGACCCCAGGGGCCACAUGGCUUACCUGGGGCCCGUGGCAUCCCUGGAAUGUUUGGAGCAUCUGGUCAGAUUGGAAACACAGGACUUAAAGGAAAGAGAGGGGCAAAGGGACAGAGAGGAGAUCCAGGUAAACCUCACCCAGGACCACCAGGAGUUCCAGGAAUACAAGGUCCUCCUGGCAUUGAUGGUGUCGCGCGGGAUGGAAGACCUGGCGAGAGAGGACCUCAGGGAUCAGCUGGAGAGGCCGGUCAUCCCGGCAAGGCCGGCCCUUCAGGUCUCCCAGGGUUCUGCGAGGCAGCGAUGUGUCUGGCUGCAUCAGCGUAUACCUCACCGAGACUACAGGAGGCAGGCACAAUCAAAGGACCCAAUGUUUAGAGAACAGUCUCUCCAUCAGCAGUUCACAACACCCAGGAGAGACGGAGAGAGAGAGGACAGAGACCACUCUUCUGUCGGACAACAUCGAGCACGAGAGACGGGGGACAGUGAUGUCGUACGGUGACUGGAUGUAUAGACACCCCACUCUCCCCUAGAUCUGACAACCUGAUGUUUUGACUGGUGACACAUCAUGACCUUAAUCCCCCACAUCACCAUGACAACAGCAGCUCACAGCCACCCACAUCCUUCUGAAUACUGUACCGUCCAAAUGUCCCAUCACUAUUUCAGCAGUGAGAGAGGAACAGAUUCAUCUCGCUGUCUCCCAUCAACGCAGCAUCCAUGAGCUGAGAGGAGCUGGAAACCAAACGUGGUGGAGGGUGACUUUCUUCCCACCGUGGUCACUUUAAAUGGUUAUAUAUAUAUAUAUAUAUAUAUAUGCAAUGUUUUGUUUGAUAUUUUUUUUUAAAGUUUAAAAGCCCUGUCUCUCUUGCAACAUCACACCUGAAGCCUUAAAAUGUACAAAAACGGAUCAAUAAAUGAUUGCAGUCUGAGUUUUCACUCAGUACUGUAUUGUAAAAUGUAUCUUUUCAUCUCUAAGCUUCAGUGAAAUCCUUGAUUUAACUCGUGUACAUUAAUUCCUCCCUCCUCUCCCGAUCCCCUGCUUUCUACCUUAGUCUCAUUUUAGAAACUAACGACUGGCUUUUUAUCUUCCUCUUGUUGCCUGGCAACAGCAUAUCCCAAUGGGCACUCCCAUCUCCCACAAUGCAGUGCUGUAAAUCUUUGUAAAUGUGUGUUGAUUAUUAUGUAGAGAAAAAGUAAUGGGUUACGAUAUGCACCAGCAAAAAUUCUGUAUUAAUGAAAUCAGUGAAUAAUGUGCAGCUCCCACAGUUAUAACGACUUUUCCUCUAAACGAAUCAGUUAACAGUUUCAAUGUGCUUUCCAUGCCACUGUCAACUUUUCACAGGAUUACUGAUUUGAAGCUAUUUAUUGUUCUUUAUCCAUUCAUCUGUUUAAAGAAAAGGGGGUAUGUUUUGCAUGUUCAGCUUUCCUAAACAAAUAAAGAGGAACCUUUUGUACAAUAAAAUGUUUUCCUGUA